AAACGGCUCAGACGGUGGCUAAGAAGCUACUAGAAGACAUCUUACCCAGGUAUGGUUUUCCUGCCAUGGUAGGAUCAGACAAUGGACCAGCUUUUAUCUCCCAAGUAACACAGGCAGUAGCCAAGGCGGUGGGGGCGAACUGGAAAUUACCUUGUGCUUAUAGGCCCCAGAGCUCAGGACAGGUAGAAAGAAUGAAUAGAACCCUAAAAGAGACCCUUACCAAAUUAACCAUGGAGACUGGUGGGGACCGGGUGACUCUCCUACCGUACGCCCUUUACCGGGUUAGAAACACUCCUUACACUCUGGGUUUUACUCCCUACGAGAUCAUGUUUGGCAGGCCACCCCCUGUUAUUCCCAGCCUUCGAGCUGAACUUACUGCUGAGUUUAAAGAUCAAGAACUUUUUCUUUCCUUGAGAGGGCUCCAGAGGGCGCAUGAGGACAUUUGGCCGCGCCUCCGUGCCAUCUACGAGGCUGGCCCGACCCCGACACCUCAUCAGUACAGGCCGGGAGACUGGGUCUACGUCAAGAGGCACCACCGAGAGACCCUCGAGCCGCGCUGGAAGGGACCCUACAUCGUGGUGCUGACAACCCCCACUGCUCUCAAAGUAGACGGCAUCGCGACCUGGGUCCAUCACACCCACGUUCGGCCAGCGGACCCCUCCUCGAUCCGGAAGGACUUCGUCACGCGAUGGGCCAUCAGUCGGGACCAACACAAGCCGCUCCAGCUCAAGCUACAGCGCAUUCGACCCACAUAAUAUUGGUAACUCUGUCAACUCUGCUUGUCAUUGCUCAUGCUGCCGGGAGUCCCCACGCCCCCCAGAACAUCGCCUGGCAGAUCAUAGACACCAGCUCGGGGACAAUACUUAAUCAGACCUCCCAGAGCCACCCCAGGGACACAUGCUUCCCAGA